UAUGCCGGAUGUUUCUAUAUAUUGGAUGCCACAGAUCUUUUCUCGUUCUGGCAGAUUGUUCGACUCCUUGCAAACCAUCCAUACUUUGGCAUUACUCUGAUGACUGCUGAUAGAAAAGCUGGCCAGUCAAUGGAAUCAGUGUUUCCUCAUUUGAUAACACAAGAUCUGCCAAAAAUGAUCUCUAUUAAAGAUGCUGACUUUUCUAGUGUGGAUGCUGUAUUUUGUUGUUUGCCUCAUGGAACCACCCAGGACAUCAUCAAAGGCCUCCCAAGGGAAUUAAAGAUUGUUGAUCUUUCGGCAGACUUUCGGUUGCGAGAUAUUGCAGAGUAUGAAGAAUGGUAUGGCCAGCCACACAGUGCACCAGAUUUGCAGAAAGAAGCUGUGUAUGGGUUGACAGAGAUUUUGAGGAACGAAAUAAGAAAGGCACGAUUAGUUGCUAAUCCUGGUUGCUAUCCAACUUCCAUUCAACUUCCUCUUGUUCCUUUAAUGAAGGCAUUUCUCAUUGAGCACACAAAUAUCAUCAUUGACUCCAAAUCUGGGGUGAGCGGAGCAGGACGUGGUGCGAAGGAGGCAAAUUUAUACUCUGAAAUAGCAGAAGGCAUAUAUGCUUAUGGUGUCACAAGGCAUCGACAUGUUCCAGAAAUUGAGCAAGGACUAUCUGAUGUUGCACAAUCAAAAGUUACAGUUAGUUUCACCCCGCACCUCAUGCCAAUGAGCCGCGGAAUGCAAUCAACUAUGUAUGUAGAAAUAUCUCCAGGAGUUACAGUUGAUGACUUGUAUGAACACUUAAGGGACUGUUAUAAGGAUGAAGAAUUUGUAAAGGUGUUGGACAAAAAGAGUUGUUCCUCGCACUCAGAAUGUCAGAGGUUCUAAUUAUUGUUUAAUGAAUGUCUUUCCCGAUAGAAUUCCUUGGAAGAGCAACAAUUAUAUCAGUGUAUGUAUUGAGAUAUCAUUCAUUUUGAUUGACUUGCUCUGUUUGUAUGUCAAUAUGAUCUUGUUCUGUGGUCCUUAUCCAAGGUCUUGAAAUCCUGCUGCAGAUUGAUAAUCUUGUGAAAGGAGCUUCAGGUCAAGCACUCCAAAAUCUUAACAUAAUGCUUGGAUAUCCAGAAAACACAGGGCUCCUAUACCAGUCUCUGUUUCCUUGAUGCUGCUAUCCUUUUAUGCUGAUCUUCCUAAAUGAGUUUUGCAGGAGAAAUUCAACAGCAGCCCCCUGCUGUUCUUUGAAGUAGCAAGAAUGAAGUUUGAUGUGUAUCUCUCCGGCAGGUAAUGAACCCAAUUUUUGAUAAUUGACAGAGUGAAGAGGUUUCUGCUGUUGUACCAAAAAAUUUCCAUUUACCAUGAUGAAGUUCUGCCAUUUUUUUUCUUUUUUCUGAUCUGUGUUUCAUUAAGAAUGUAAAACUUCAAGAACUUGCCAUGUCUUCCUUCCCAUCUCUCCGUUUCACUUCCGAGGAGCUGAGAAAUGGACGUCGUACCAAAUAAAGGUUAGUCCUGGAUUCAUGUUCUUUUGUGAAGACAAAUAAGGUGAUUUACAUUUUUUUCUUCUUCUUCAAUCAUUUUUAGGUACAAAACUAACUGCAAAUAUCAAAUUAUAUAGAAUUGAAAUUUUGACCUAUCUAUUAUAAAGUUCAGAAAUAAGCAUAAGACAGUUCUCUCUUUUAUUAUUGUUAAUAUCAUCAUCAUCAUUGUCAUCAUAGGACCAUUACAACACUAAAGCUUCAAGUGAUAUAGGAAUACGAAAUGUAAAAGAUGAAUGGAAUUAGUCAUGAACAAAAUGUUAACAUCCAAAAUAAUAGAAAAUCAAGAUAAGGAAAGGGAAAAACUAUAACAUACUCUCGAAAUUUCCUUAUCAAAAUCAUGGUGUGACGUAGAUUCCUUGUUCCGAUAAUGGAAUGAUUUUCUUUUCGAGUAUGAAAUCUUACGGGAACCGUCCGUGUUAAAGCAAAGAAAAAAACUUUUUCAAAGCUGAAUCCCGAACCUGGUCCAUCAUUUUCUCACAGUAAAAUAAAAAUAUCUAAUAAAGUGUUCUUAUCCACAAUGUUCUUUUUCCCCAUUCUUGAGAUGGGUUUUAGUGCUCUUUAGCUAGUGAUUAUGAACAUUAGAAGGACAAAUUCAACCCUCACAUCAUUUUUUAAAGGUUUGAAGCCUUGUUUUCUUUCCCUUUUAUUAUUUUGCUUUUUGGAGUUUGCACUCUUGGAAUUGACAUUAUGUUAAUAAAUUAGCCAACACAUUUAUUUGGGUGACUUCCAAAUAUAGACAUGGAUGGCGAUGUAUGAAGUUGAUAAACUCAAACUAGUUUUGUUUAGUAAGGAAUUUUGACGAAAUGAUUUUAUAAUCACCAACACAAAAAGCUCUAAGCGUGUUAUGGGAGACAAGUGGUCGGCGGAUCGAGAGUUUAAUUCAUCAGUGUAUUGGUAGGAUUAUAACGAUCAGACUAGAUUUAGUUUUGAAAAGGAAGAACGAUUGACUACUAGUCUGGUGCGAUGCAAGUGAAUGAUCAAACCUAAUAUCAUUAAGAACGCUAGUUCCAAGUUUGUUCAGUGUCGAAUUCGGAUUUACUCGGGUUCUGUUGUCGUUUUUAUAAAAUAUUCGAUCUAAUUUUUUAUUCUUUAAAAGAAAAAUAAAAUGAUUUCGUAGUUGUCAAACUCUUAAAAGAAUAGACUGCCAUCUCUCUUUUAGUUAGAGACAUUAAAUAAUUGAUUGGAAUAAUUUAAAUGUUUAAGGAAAUCAAUUUUGAUUAAUUAUUUUAUCGUGUGAGUGGCCACACCCAAUGAUACCCAUAACCAAUCGUUUUCAUGGGGGCAAAAGAAGAGCGGGUCCUCGUGACUUGUGAAACCUUAUCCACGGAAGGCCAUUUUCGUCAUUUCACCUCCCAAAAUUUUAAGAUUAAAAUGUCAAAUUCGCAGAACGUUAUGUGUCAUUGGGUCAAAAGGUGAGGGGUAUUUAUGUCAUUUCGGUCGAACUUCACUGAAUUCAUGGACAGAGUAAAAAAAAUAAAAUAAUAAAAAUAUCUCUGUCCCUGUCUCUCUCUCUCUCUCUCUCUCUCUUCGUCUUUGCUUCGGCUUUGGAUAAAACAGACGGAGAAAAAGCCAUUUUUUUCUCCAGAUAGACGAAGUGCAUGCACAUUGUGUAUGUACAGGUUGUUAGAGAGAGAAUCUGUGGAGUUUUUAGUGAGAGAAAGUGAGGUAAGAGAAGGUGAAGGGAAAAAAAAAAAGAAAAGAAAAGAAAAGAAAAGAAAAGAAGAGAAAAGAAAAGGAAAAAGCUCAGCUCAGCUCACGAGCUCUUCUCUCUCUGUUCACCGCCUGGCCAAGCUCUCGAUUUGCCAACAAAAAAGAAGAAACAAA